CGUUUUAACUAUUAUUUUAAAUAAUUAAAUAUUCAAGGUACAAUGAAGUUCGCAUUUACACUCUCUCUUGCCGCCACCGUGGCCCUGAUGGCACCGCCUCAUGCUUCUGCAGCUGACACCACCCCGUCGACAAAGGGCCUGCAGAGCACCAAAUGCCUGACCUCUUCGAACAACAACAGCAAUACCGACCUCUACCCGAUAAAGUCCAAGUCAAGUACGCCACCUUGUUCUCCAUCGACUACCACAACACGUACAAGGUUGUCAACAACCUGUCGACCAAGGACACGUAUGUCCUGUACCAGUGCGGUUCCGACAAGCCAUCGGUCAAGGAUGCCUCGGCAUACAUCCCCAUCCCCGUCACCAGUGCUUCCGCCUGGGCCACCACCGCAGCCAUCUUCCUCGAGGCCCUCGGCGUCCAGGACGAUAUUAAGAACCUGGGCACCGCGCCCAGCAUGGUGUCUGCAUGCCUGCAGAAGCUCCUGGACACCGUCAUUGAGCCGUUCAACGAGUCGAACUCCACUGCUGUCGACCAGCAGGAGGACACCAACACUGUGGUGUUCAGCAUGCCCGGCGGUAGUGACAGCAAUAUUACCAACACCGCUUACUCCGUAGAGUACCUCGAGCCAGCGUCCUGGGUCGCUCCGAGUGGGUCAAGUUUUUUGCCGCGUUCUUUAAUGCUGAGGAACGUGCCAACACUCUGUUCGAGUCAAUCGACUCCAACUACGACUGCUCUCGACCAAGGCCAACAAAGAGUACAAUGACAUCCGUCCCGUUGUCGCCUGGACCAACUAUGCUGCCCCCAGCGAAUACAACGACAACAAAGCCUACUGGCAGGUAUCCUUUGCCGACUACAAGUACGACAUUGUGCGUGAUGCCGGCGCCCGCAUGCUGAACACCACUGGCGCAAAGUCCACUAUUUUCUCCACCGCCAAGGCCUUCCUGGACGCCCUGGAGGAGGUCGACAUUGUCAUCGACGAGUCCUUCGAGUCUUACCCCUACACGGAACUGCUCAAGAACUACGGUAUUUCCGACCCCUCAAAGGUCGAUUACUCGUGGGUCACUACCAGUCGCGUUUUCCGUCCCGACCGUAUCCAGAGCACCGCUGGCGGUCUGGGCUGGUUUGAGGCCCCCGUUGCCUUUGCUGAUGCCCUGCUCCAGGACCUCAUUGGUGUUGCUCAUCCCAAGUUCGUCAAGGACGGCUACAAGCCCAUCUGGUUCCGCAACCUGGCCAAGAACGAGGCUGUCAAUGUUAUU